CAUUCCUGCGCCAAUACGAGUUCAUGUCCAUUUCCUUUCAAGUUUGAUAGCAGCGAUCCUCGAGGAGGUGGGAAGGUACGAGCAGGAGCAUGGGGUUGGAGAUGAACGACGACACAAAGACCACAACCGACGCCUCGACGCGUGUACCCAGGAAUUCCUCAAAACCGAAAACUCAAGAAGCUUCUCAAUCUUCGUGGUUCUCGCUCCCGCAGCCCCUCAAGCGAAUAUUCGACCGCUUCCCCCUGAUCGUCUACCCUGCAAAUGUGCUCCCGCAAAGAGCACCGAGACGCCGGAAUGAAAACAUUCUCUACAUUUUCCAAUCCGAGGAACCACCCAGUCGAGAUGCGCCCUCCUUUAAUCCGUCCUGUCUGAAGUGGCAAGCAUAUCUCAAGUUCCAUGGCAUCCCUCUACGCACGAGGCCGUCGAACAAUCAUGCCUCUCCCACUGGCUCGCUGCCUUUCCUCCUGCCAGCGUCUCAAGAAAACCAGCGACCACCGUCUCCCGUGCCUGCCAAUCGUCUAGCAAGAUGGGUCAUAUCGCAAGGAGGCAAAGAGGAGGCUGUACACAUGCGGCAAGAUGCAUACACGGCGCUCAUCGAUCACAACAUUCGAAGUGCCUGGCUAUACUAUUUGUAUUUGGAUGACCAGAACUUCCACGCCGUGGCAUGGCCAAUGUACGUUGCGUCUGCAUCCUCUUCAUGGGCCGUGCAGACGGAGCUUGCACGCCAACUUCGCAACGCUGCUCGAGACGAACUGCUGAAGACGAGUACUUUGAUCGACCAACAAGCACUGUACGAUAAAGCGGAUGAAGCAUUCCAAGCACUCUCGACUCUCUUGGGGGAACAGAAAUUUUUCUUUGGUCAGACAACUCCCGGGCUCUUUGACGCAAGUUUAUUUGCAUAUACCCAGAUCAUCCUAGAUGAUGACCUCGAUUGGCGCACGCCGGUGUUGAAGACGGCUUUGCAAAAGUAUGAGAAUCUUGUACAACAUCGAGCUCGAUUGGUUCGUGGCUUCUUCUCCGGCCGGACACCAAGUGUUCACUCCAUGGAUGAGUGAGAGUUACAUAUCAGCUCUUUUUGCAAAAGAUUCCUCCAAACCAGACCUUCACUCCCAACCAUUUCGCAGAUCUUUCACCGAGACGAGGCACUAGAGACUGGUCUACGGAUCUCUCCUUCAUGUUGCCUCCGACGGUCUCGAAGCCAUUUUUUGCUGCCUCGGCCUCGACUUCAGCAACAGUGUGAGCAUAACUUGUGGGUCGAAUCUUUUCUCCGGUAUCAGGAUCUACAAAUCCAGCCUGACUGAUACCACCCAUCUCCGAGUGCAUGUUGGUCAACAAUAAAUAGCCACCUGGUUUGAGCAUUUUUGCCACGUGCUUGAAGAAGACCUCGACAGGGAUAUGUUCGAGAACUAGCGUCGAUACAAUGGCAUCGGCAUUCAACGCCAUUUCAGACGCCGAAUCCUGCUCAAUCAUGUCAAACACCCCGAGACUCAACUUGCCUUUGGCAGCACUGUCCUCUAGCCGCCGCUUAGCUACCUCAAGCAUACCAGGGCUCACAUCAAGUCCGACUACAGUGGCACCAUCGACCUCGAGUAACGCAGCUGUAUUCCGACCGGUCCCGCAUCCUAGGUCAACCAGUUUCCACGGGCGAGAUAGGCAUGAUGCUUCAAGGAGACUGAGUAAGCGUGGUAUGAGAGUUUUCAUUUCAAUUGUGUCCAGAGCUUGCAGGAAAUUCCCGUCUGUGUCGUACACUGCGGCCCAAAGAUCGUAAGCUUGAGAUGUCGAGAGGUAGCGGACUGUUGGGUCUGUUGACUGAGGUAUCGCUUUGGCCGUCAUAUCGACGGUUUUGUACAGUUGAGCUUUGUAUAGUAGAUAGGCUGGGGUCUGGAUAGAGAUUGCCGCAGAGGUGGAAAUCGCCUUUCAAUGUGUAGAAAUAUACUGUGUACGCAGUAAUUGUAUACCUGGGAUUUCG